AUGAGGACGUUUAGGGCCGCUGAAGGCAGGCGCAUGCGCCGAGGCAACAGACCGGAAGUGGUCGCCACAGAGAGAGAAGAUAGGUCUUUUCUUUUCUUUCCUGCUCUCUCUCGGGUCCUCCACCGGCUUCCGGUCCGCUUCCUUGGCGUCUCGGGCGGAUCAAAAGGCGUGAGCGAUUUCGCGUCGGGCUCUGAGGCGCCUGAGAGGGGCGUCGAAGGGCCAGGCGCUGCCGGAGGAGGAACCGAGGCCGCUGCCUUCGCCUCGGAGGGGGACCGUGGAGAGAAGGAGGAGGAGGAGGAGGAGGAGGCGGCGUCUCUGCCUCAGGGUCGGCGGGUGGCCAACCUCUUCGAGCUGAUAACCAACGUAGAAGAUGAUCUAGCAUCCAAAGAAGAGAAAGAUGGCUGCAGAUUGCAAGAGGAAGGUGACAGAGAGAACCAAGAGGAGGAACCUGGAAAUCUGGAGAGUGACAAGCAGAGAGGAGGAGGAGGAGGAGGAGAGAAUGAGCAGUUGGACCAAACACCUAUUCCAAAUAAUAAAUCGCGCAAGAAAAAGAAGAAAAGAAAGAACAAGAAGAAUGCAUCGGGUGAGACUCCAUGCCCUGGAGAGGAAGAGAAUGCAGAAGACAUCGAGAGCAUCCUAGUGAGAAUUGAGAAUUCUGAUGGACCAUCAUGCCAGAGCCAAAGCAGAGUGUUCACAGACAGCCGGCCUCUGCUGUAUGUAGAGCACAGGAACUUGAAUCCAGAAACUGAGCUGAAGAGAUAUUUUGGGGCCCGAGCAGUUCUUGGAGAUCACAGGCCACGGCAGCGGCAGCGGCAGCACAUCCGCAGCACCUGGCUCACAGUUCCAAAGAGCACUUGGCCACGCCACAGCAAAACAGGUAUUUCUAUGGCACUGCUGGAGACCAAGCGGGGGAUACAGCACUUUGCCUUUGAGCACCACCGAGAAUACCAGCAAGUACAGUUCAAGUUCUUGGAUGCCGUGGAGUCCAUGGACCCCAACAAUCUUGUGCUUUUGCUGCAGAUGAACCCUUCGCACGUGGACUCGCUCCUGCAGCUCAGCGAUGUGUGUCGGAUGCAGGAAGACCAGGAGAUGGCCAGAGACCUGGUUGAGAGGGCUCUCCACAUCCUGGAAUGCGCCUUCCACCCCAUGUUCAGCCUCACCAGUGGGACCUGCCAGCUGGACUACCGGAGGCCGGAGAACAGAGCCUUUUAUCUGGCUCUCUUCAAGCACAUGGUUUUCCUGGAGAGGAGAGGUUGUCCUCGCACUGCUCUGGAGUUCUGCAAACUUAUUCUGAGUCUUGAUCCAGAGAAUGACCCGCUGUGCAUGCUGCUGAUCAUCGAUUUGCUGUCUCUCCGAGCGAGAGAGUACACCUUCCUGACCCGCUUGUUCUGCGAGUGGGAGGGUCAUCGGAAUCUCUCCCAGCUCCCAAACUUUGCCUUCUCAGUACCACUGGCAUAUUUCUUUCUGAGCCAGCAGGAGGAUGUCCCUGAAGUGGAGCUAAGCCAAGCUCACGAAAGAGCAGCCAGCCUCAUCCAGCAGGCGCUGAUCAUGUUUCCUAGUGUUCUGAUGCCGUUGCUGGAUCGCUGCAGUGUGCAACCGGAUGCCAUGGUGGCUGCCCACUCAUACUUCGGACUGGAGGCCCAGUUAAGUUCUCCUCCUGCUCUCAACCAGCUGGUCUCCCUCUACCUUGGGAGAACCCAUUCCUUCUGGAAGGAUCCAUCUGUCAUGGCCUGGCUGGAGACAAACGUUCACGAGGUGCUGAGGAGAGUGGACUCCAAGGACCCAGCACUGGAAGAGGUGGAACAGAAGCGAAAAGUGAGAUACCAGAAUGCUCCCAGGAACGUCUACCGCCACGUGAUCCUUUCGGAGAUCCGGGAAGCAACAGCGGCAUUGCCUCCGGAAGUGACCUCCCUGCCUAUCAUGGGGUUUGAUCCUCUCCCACCACUGGACUCCAUCGUUUCUUACACAAGGCCAGAAAGGUCCUCUCACCCAUCCAACGAAAGCACUUUAUCCCUCUUCUUUCGUUCUCUGUUGCCAAACUUCAACUUGCAGGGAGAAAAUGGAGCCGGUGGAGAGGAAGGCCCAGGCGCUGGACAGAAUCUGAACCAGGGCGUGAAUCGGCUCAUGGCGGCCAUGCGGGAUAUGCUGGCAAACAUCCAGUUCCAGGAGCCGCCACGAGACGACAACCCUGAGGGGGAUGCGGGAGAGUGGGACUGAGCCCCUCAUCUUAGGGCUCGCCUCUUCUCUGCCCCCUCCCCAUGUGAUCUUCCUUGCCAUAAAAUAAAGGUUCAUUAGCAGACGA